AUCUCCUACACAGAGUUCCAAAACCCCUCCCACCCAUCUUUCUCACUGCCUCUGUUGGCAUCAUCCUCAUCGCUAUCGCUCGUCUACUGCAUCUUCCUCAUCAGGCUUCUUUUACGUACUGCAUCUUCCAUUUCAGAUUCCUAAGAAUGGAUGGGACCGGUUUCACAUUCAACGGUAACUCAUCAAUAACAUUCCGUCAGGGAAUUCAUUUGUUAACAAGGCUGUACCAGACUGUAUCUGAACCAGCAGCUCACAUACAUGGCUCCCCGCUGGGCCUUAUUAUUGAAUUAACAUCAGAAGGAAACCGAGUUGCUGCACUUGUGAACGUGGCAGACGAUGUUGAUCUUCAGACCUGCGUCACUGGAAGUGGCAAGUUUGAGCUGAGAAAUGUUAAACUUUUGGAGCUUAAUAACAAGUUGCAGGAUCUUGAUAUACUGGAGCGUUUAAUAUUAGUUCCCAGACCAGACCACGAUUUGGAACCUACUCUUGAACUUGAUGUUAAUGCUGAAGUGGCCAGCUUGACCAUCUGGCAGAAAGGAGAAGAGCUUGUCCGGCCUAGAACCUUGAGCUUUGACCAGAGCCUCCUUUCUGGUGGUGUGAAUGAUAAAAUUUCUAAAGCCAUUCUGAGCGGUUUAGGUGAGGUACCCAUCUCGAAAUCUUUCUUCUCCCUGAAACCCCAUACCCCAUUGAUUUCAAGACUUCAUGAGAUUGUAGUGCUUUUUCUUGAAUGGAAUUAUGCUUGCUCACUCCCACCACUUUUUUCAUUGAUACAGGCUUCUUUUACGUACUGCAUCUUCCAUUUCAGAUUCCUAAGAAUGGAUGGGACCGGUUUCACAUUCAACGGUAACUCAUCAAUAACAUUCCGUCAGGGAAUUCAUUUGUUAACAAGGCUGUACCAGACUGUAUCUGAACCAGCAGCUCACAUUCAUGGCUCCCCGCUGGGCCUUAUUAUUGAAUUAACAUCAGAAGGAAACCGAGUUGCCGCACUUCUGUUCGUGGCAGAUGAUGUUUCUGUUCAGACCUUAGUUGUUGGAAGUGGCAAGUUUGAGCUGAGAAAUGUUAAACUUUUGGAGCUUAAUAACAAGUUGCAGGAUCUUGAUAUACUGGAGCGUUUAAUAUUAGUUCCCAGACCAGACCACGAUUUGGAACCUACUCUUGAACUUGAUGUUAAUGCUGAAGUGGCCAGCUUGACCAUCUGGCAGAAAGGAGAAGAGCUUGUCCGGCCUAGAACCUUGAGCUUUGACCAGAGCCUCCUUUCUGGUGGUGUGAAUGAUAAAAUUUCUAAAGCCAUUCUGAGCGGUUUAGGAAAAGAAUACAGGAUAGAGUCUGAUGGGGGACGAGCCACAGUUACAUAUAUGGAGGAUGAACAACCACUGGAGUACUUUUUGAGUCAGAGUAGGGGAGGUGAAGUGACUGUGCGUGCAGGAGUAUUUAGGAGAGAAUUGACAGAGCUUUGUCAGAGGAUUACUGUCAGAGCUUUGAAAGAUAAGAGUCCAGAAAAGGAUGACAGCUGUUUGGGCACCAGUUUUGGUGUGUGGCUUGAUUAUUUCGAAUUGAGCAUAACAUACGAAGAAGAUGGACAUUGUUUUGCGAAGGAUGAAUUCACCCUCAAUGCAUACAUCAGCCAGAGGGGGCUUUACUUCAACAUUUUUGCUUUCCAUGACGUACUAGACGCCCUUGCCCACGUUCAAUCUAUAGAAUUUGAAUUUUUUAUUGAUUUGGCAUGUGCCAAGAUAGGAAACGUUGUUUUGUUCCCUGUUAAAAAUUGAAGGAUGUUUCUGGUUUAAAGUUUAAACCCCAAAGGUGCUCUCAACUUUUUGUCUGCGAGGGUUUCGCCCGUUAACAUAUAAUAUGAGA